AACCUGUCACCGUCCGGUUGCUUGGAUCUAGAGCACAACAUAGGAUCUACAGCGAUGCUUCCACUUUAGGUUGUUUUGUUUGUUUAUUAGCCACUAAAUUAGCGUUAGUAGCUGUUUUUCACCACAUUCAGACAGACAUGUACCGCUUCAUGGUGAGGCUGGCUGAGCAGCGCUGGCACUGUUCAGUCCGCUGUAUGAGCUCUGCAGUCAGGAGAAGGAGAGCCCUGCAGAGCGCCUUCCCGCUGCUGCAGCAGCCCCUGCAGCCCGUCCACCAACAUGUGUACCAAGAGAACCUGAGAAACAGCAACAGCUGCCACCAGCAGUACAUGGAGUGGAGCGAAAAGGUAAAGAAAGGUGGAGGAGAACUGGCCACCGCCAGACACACUCAGAGAAACAGGAAGCUGCUGGUCAGGGAUCGGCUGCGGCUCCUGCUGGACGAUGACGACUACCUGGAGCUGUCACCGUUCGCUGGUCUGGGUCUGCCGUACGGGGACAUCCCUUCAGCCGGCUGCCUGACGGGUAUCGGCAGGAUCAGAGGCCUGUGGUGUGUGUUCAUCGCCAACGAUGCGACAGUGAAAGGCGGCACAGCGUAUCCAAUCACAGUGAAGAAGCAGCUGAGGGCGCAGGACGUCGCAAUUCAGAACCGCCUGCCUUGUGUUUACCUGGUCGACUCUGGAGGAGGCUUUCUACCACUGCAGUCAGAGGUCUUUCCUGAUAAGAACCACGGAGGAAGAACGUUCUACAAUGAAGCCAUCAUGUCUGCCAUGAAGAUCGCACAGGUGUCGGUGGUGUGCGGGUCGUGCACGGCGGGUGGAGCUUACAUCCCCACCAUGGCAGAAGAGACGGUGAUGGUGCACCAGAUAGGGACCAUUUUCCUGGGAGGACCGCCACUCGUCAAGGCCGCCACGGGAGAGGAGGUGACGCCAGAAGACCUGGGAGGAGCCCGGCUUCACGCCGAGGUGAGCGGCUGCGUGGAUCAUUUGGCCUGGGAAGAAAAGGAGGCGUAUGAUUACACCAGAAACAUCGUGUCCACCCUCAACUUCCAACUGCCUGAGGAGGAGGACGAGGAGGAGACGAAGAGGAGGGAAGCUGAGGAGGAGCCGUUGUAUCGCUCAGAGGAGCUGCUGGGGCUCGCUCCGAAAUGUCACGACCACAGUCUGGAUGUUAGAAUGGUUGUCAGUCGGCUGACGGACGGGAGCCGCUUCCAGGAGUUUAAAGCUCGUUAUGGAGACACACUCGUCACUGGCUUCGCAAAGAUACACGGUCACCUGGUGGGGAUAGUGGCCAACAACGGGGAGCUGUCGUACCAGGCCGCACUGAAAGGAAGCCACUUUGUCCAGCUGUGUGACCAGAGAGACGUCCCCCUCCUCUUCCUCCAGAACACAGCACCCACUGCUGCUGCUACACUCUGCACAGAUCAGGCGGAGGUGGACAGUAACCGUCUGAAGGCUCAGGGCUCGAUGAUGUCAGCCGUAGCGUGUGCCUCCGUCCCCAAAAUCACCGUGGUGAUCGGUGGUUGCCACGGCGCCGACAGCUACGCCAUGUGUGGGCGGGCCUUCGACCCUAACUUCCUGUUCCUGUGGCCCAACGCCAGAGUGUCGAUGGCGGCUCCGGAUCACGCCGGCUCUCUGCUGUCCCCUGACAGCGAGCAGCAGCAGGAGGAGGAGAAGAUGAACCAGAGACUGAAGGAGGAGAGCUCAGCUUUCUUCUCCUCCGGCAGGCUCUGGGACGACGGAGUCAUUCUGCCUCAGGACACCAGGAAGGUUGUCAGAGACUGCCUGGACAUCAUCAAACAGCAGCAGUAUCAGCUCUCCACAGAGAAACUACAGGCUCCACUUCUACGGAUGUAAAAGCUUCCAUCCUUCUUCCUCAUCACAACAAAAAUCUGUCGAUUAAAAUGCUUUUUUUCCGGCUGAUUUGAUCCAAACAUUAUAAGAGUCGACUUCACCUGUCUUUACUGGAGCCCGCCACCAGAAGGCAGGUGAGCUGUUACAGUCUUAGUUAUGUAUCUACUGUGCCUCUUGGAAAUGUAAAGUUAUUGUACUGCUCUAAACACAAACACUUUCAUUUUUAUUUUUUGCACACAACAACCUCAGUUCUGUCAGUGCCUGUUUUUUUUUUAUAGUUAUCUCAAGAAACGUAUUUCUAACUCUGUUCACACUGACGCUGUUUUUACUGUUAAUACAUUUACAAAAAGGUUUACAAUGAGGAUAAUCACUAGUCCUGUAUGUGUAGCAGUCGUAAAAUGUAACAAAAUGCAUUUUUUCAGGUACUUGAGUAUUUCCAUUUUAUGUAACUUUAUACUUCUACUUCACUCCAUUUUGAGGUAAAUAUUGAAUACAUAAUUAAAAUGCUCCUUACAAAAAUGCAUCAAUACAAAUAAUGUAAUAAUAUAUUUAGAAAUUGUAAUACAAUCUGAGUGGGUCCAUUCUGCAUAACGAGUACUUUUACUUUUGAUACUUUAAGUCCAUUUUGAUGCUGAUACUUUUACCUCAGUAAGUUUUGAAUGCAGGACUAUUGCUUGUAUCGGAGUCAUUUCACAGUGUGGUGUUAGUACUUUUAGUUAAGUAAGAUAUCUGAAUACUUCUUUCACCACUGAUGUGUAGUGUAGUAAAUAUCACAGGUUUUUGUCCUGCAAAAGUGCCUCUAACUCUUUUUUUUUUAUCAUCAUUCCCACUUUCACAUGAUGCCUCAGGUUCAUGUCAGCCUGCUACAACACAUGUGAAAUAUUCUCAUUAAUACAUGACUGUUAUAUUUAUUUACAAGUACUGUAGAUUAAGCUCUGGGUAUUACAUUCAGCAAGCUGUGGUCUGUUUGAGCCUCAGCCCAGUUCAGUAAAGAUUUACUUGAUUUUGUUUGUUUUUUAAAGAAUAUUUUGUUUUCCCACGUGAUAAUUUAAUUUUCUGUCAAAAUUACUACAUUGUAAAAAAUAAUACUGUGUAAUUAAUGUAAAUGAAUCAUUGUAAUGUAGGUCAUUUGUAUAACAAUGGUGUAAAUACAUUU